ACAAGGUCAAAGGGUUUUCUCAACUUCAUCAAUAAACAUUCCACAUAACAACGAUCAACAAAACAAUAAUGGCAACUUCAAUGAUCCAUGUUUUAGCCACCUUCAUGCUCGUGGCCGCACACACGGCCAUCGCCGAUACAAAUAUGCUUCAAGAUUUUUGUGUUGCUGAUCUCUCCAACGGUGUGAAAGUCAACGGAUACCCUUGCAAAGACCCAACAAAAGUAACACCAGAGGAUUUCUACUUCAUAGGCUUAGCCAAUGCUGCAGCUACAGCUAACAGCUCAAUGGGUUCAGCUGUUACAGGAGCCAACGUCGAGAAAGUGCCUGGCCUCAACACUCUCGGAGUCUCCAUCUCUCGAAUCGACUACGCACCUGGAGGACUCAACCCGCCCCAUCUUCACCCAAGAGCUUCUGAAGCCAUCUUCGUCCUUGAAGGCCGUCUCUUCGUCGGUUUCUUAACCACUACCGGGAAACUCAUCUCUAAAUACGUCAACAAAGGAGACGUUUUUGUCUUCCCCAAAGCUCUCCUCCAUUUCCAGCAGAACCCUAACAAGGCUCCUGCUUCCGUCAUCGCUGCUUUCGAUAGUCAGCUUCCCGGGACUCAAGUCGUUGGACCGUCUCUGUUCGGUGCUAACCCUCCUAUUCCUGAUGAACUACUUGCCAAGGCAUUCGGGGUUGGAGCACCAGAUAUUCAGAAGAUUAAGGGCAAAUUCCCACCCAAGAAAUAAAUAGGUUUCAGACCACAGCAGUAAUGUAAUAAUGAUACAAUGAUGAACAUAAUAAUUGUAAACUUGUAAGCAAAGCAAAAAAAACUUGUAACUUUUCUUCUUCUUCUUUUUUUCCAAUUGUUGUAGAUACUCUUUUGAC